GGGAGGGGCGGCGCGGCCCGGGCCGGGGAGCGGGCGGCUUUGGGGCCGUUGUCGGCCUGGUUUAGCCGGGCCGGCUUAGGCGAGGGGCCAUGGCGAGCUCGGAGCGCAGCGCGCUGCUCACGUACCGCCUGUGCGGCGGCUCCGGCGAAGACGAGCGGGGCCGGGAACGUGGCCGGGCCGCCGCCGCCGCCACCCCCCGCAAGCUGCCCACGUUCCUGGGCGUCGUGGUGCCCACGCUGCUCUCCAUGUUCAGCGUCGUCCUCUUCCUACGCCUCGGGUUCGUGGUGGGCCACGCCGGAUUGUACCAAGCUCUGGCCAUGUUUGCAGUGGCCUACUUCAUCAUCGGCAUGACGGUGCUGUCGGUGUGUGCCAUCGCCACCAACGGGGCACUGGAUGCUGGAGGAGCCUAUUACAUGAUCAGUCGUGCCCUGGGCCCGGAGUUUGGGGGCAGCAUUGGGAUCAUGUUUUUCCUGGCCAACGUGUGUGGCAGUGCCCUCUACCUGCUGGGGCUGGUGGAGGCAGUGGUGGACAGCUUCGGGAUCCCGCCAGGGCAGGAAGUGGGUUCAGGCAUCCACGUCCUCCCCCGGAGCUAUUGGUACGAGCUGCUCUACGGCACCAUCCUGCUGGCCCUGUGCCUCGUCGUGUGCCUGGUGGGUGCCUCCAUCUAUGCCAAAGCCACCUUCCUCAUCUUCCUCAUCGUGGCGGGUGUGCUGGGCACCAUCCUCGUCAGCUUCUUCGUCACGCGACCCCUCGGUGUGCCCAUCCGCAUGCAGCACCUCAACAGCUCGGAGAUUGAGAACGGCAGCUUCACGGGCUUCUCACUAGCCACUCUGCGAGAAAACCUGGGCGGUGGGUACGGGGUGGACUACACCACGGGGCAGAUGAUGAGUUUCAGCACUGUCUUCGCAGUGAUGUUCAAUGGCUGCACCGGCAUCAUGGCAGGCUCCAACAUGUCAGGGGACCUGAAGCGCCCGAGCUACUCCAUCCCACGGGGCACCAUCUCUGCUGUGCUCUUCACUUACCUCGUCUACAACCUGCUGGCUUUCCUCAUGUGUGCCACCUGCAACAGGACCCUCCUGCAGAAGGAUUAUGGCUUCCUGCGUGACAUCAGUAUCUUCCCACCUCUGGUCACGGUGGGCAUCUAUGCUGCCACGCUCUCCGCUGCCAUGAGCAACCUCAUCGGGGCAUCCCGCAUCCUCUAUGCCCUGGCACGGGAUGAUCUCUUUGGCCGGGCGCUGACGCUUGCCAAGAAGACAUCUGCAAGCGGGAACCCCAUCAUGGCAGUCAUCCUCUCCUGGCUGGUGGUGCAGCUGGUGCUCUUCUCUGGAAAGCUCAACACCAUUGCAGGGGUUGUCACUACCUUCUUCCUGUUGGUUUAUGCCACUGUCAACCUGGCCUGCCUGGCACUGGAGUGGGCAUCGGCCCCCAACUUCAGGCCCACCUUUCGCUACUUCAGCUGGCACACGUGCCUGCUGGGCAUCGCCGGCUGCUGCGUCAUGAUGUUCCUCAUCAGCCCCGUGUCGGCCUCGGCGAGCCUAGGCUUCCUCCUCAUCCUCCUCCUCGCCCUCCACUACCUCUCACCCAGCAGCACCUGGGGCUAUAUCAGCCAGGCUCUCAUCUUCCACCAGGUGCGGAAGUACCUGCUGAUGCUGGAUGUGAGGAAGGACCACGUGAAGUUCUGGCGCCCACAGAUGCUGCUGAUGGUGCAGAACCCACGGGGCAGCGCCCGCCUCAUUGACUUUGUCAAUGACCUCAAGAAGAGUGGCCUUUAUGUCCUGGGCCACGUGGAGCUACAAGACUUGGACACACUGCCCUCAGACCCGCUGCAGCCCCAGCAGGACUCAUGGCUGAGCUUGGUGGACAAGCUGAAUGUCAAGGCCUUCAUCAGCCUCACCCUCGCGCCCUCGGUGCGGCACGGCGUCCGGCAGCUCCUCUUCACCUCUGGCCUUGGCGGCAUGCGCCCCAACACGCUGGUGCUGGGCUUCUACGAUGAUGCGGCACCACAGGACAGCCUGGCCCAGCACCCUGCCUUCACCAGCGCCCGCGAGGAGCUGCCCCUGGGCUUCCCCCCGCUGCGGGCCGCCACCACCCCCAAGCUGCUGUCUCCACGCGAGUACGUCGGCAUCGUGGCUGACGCCCUGAAGAUGCUCCGCAACGUCCUGCUGGUCCGGCACCUGGAGAGCCUGGACAAGGUGUGGGAGCUGCGCCGGGCCGCCAGCCCUCCGCCUUCCAUCCACGUUUGGCCCGUCAACCUGCUGCGGCCCGACAGCGCCCGCUACGCCGACACGUGCAGCCUCUUCCUGCUGCAGAUGGCCUGCGUGCUCAACAUGGCGCGGGCCUGGCGCCGGGCCCGCCUGCGCCUCUUCCUUUGCGUGGAGGCGGGCGCCAUGCCCCACGCGCAGGAGGACAAGCUGCGCCAGCUCCUCAAGGACCUGCGCAUCCAGGCCCAGAUUCAGCUGGUGCCGUGGGAUGGGGUGGUCCGCCUGCACUGGCAGGCCCCACGGGGACCCCCCGGCGGCCCGGCGCCCGCUGAGGAGGAAGAGACGGCGGUGAACUUCCCCCCCAACACCACCCAAGUGUCGGAUGAGUACGUCUGUGCCGCCAACAAGAUGGUGCUGGAGCAGGGCCCGGCGCCUGCUGUCCGCUUCCUCUAUUUGCCACGGCCUCCGGCCGACACCGGGCUGUACCCCCUGUACCUGCGGCAGCUGGAGCUGCUCACCCGCGACCUUGGCCCUACUGUGCUGGUGCACGGGGUGAGCGCCGUCACCAGCACCCAGCUGUAGGAUUGUCCCCGUGUCCCCAACCCUCCUGCAGUCAGUGCCUUACAGCUCCGGGCUGGGCACGGCCUGGGGGGGGAGCUGGCCCUUGCCGUGACUCCCGUUUGCAGGCCUUGUUCUAGGGGCUGCGCUGGGAGGAGAGUAGGGGGUUUGGGUUUUUGGGGGGAGGCACAGCAUUUAAAGCUGCUCUGGCGGGAUCCGGGCACUUAAUGCAAUCACUGUGCCUUUUCUUUGGGGUCCACGGGGGGUCCCGUUUUGCUACUGGGAGCCCUUUGCCUGCAGCCCUCACCCCGUACUCUCCUCCGCAGGCUCCUCCGGGCACCCAGCCAGCAGCGGGGAUUGAUUAAAGGCAGCCUCGACCUUGGUGCCCCGGCUCCCCGCCAUCCUCCGUGCCUUUCAUUAGGGAAAAUUAAAUGGGAAGGGGUUGGGGGAAGGGAGCCCGUGUGCCUGAGUUCCCUGCUUGAGGCUGGAGAAGGAGGGGGCAGCCCUUCGUGGAUGUGCCACCCUAUGAGGUGGGGGUCCUGCUGCUCCCAGAGAGGGGGAAGUGACAGUGGGAGGGGUUGCCCGCGUAGGGCAUUAUAGCCCCGUGCCUACAGGGGCAGUGGCGGAGUGGCAUUGCCCUGACCCCCAGCUCCCCAUGCUGCUCCCCCUCCCAUCCCCUUACCCUACUGUAUUGACUGGGGGAGGGCAGGAGAUUGCCUGGGUGAUGGCGAUAAAUCUAUUGGGUGCCUGGCAGGUGGGCAGCACGCCCGGGUGCUGCCUGAUGAAUUGCUUCCUAUUAGCCCAAAUGGGUGUGGAGGCUGCUUGGGGCCAGGGGCUGUGUGUGUAGGGGGGGGUUAACAGCACAGCCUCUGUCUCCCACUCCCAUCACCACCACGGUGCCAUCAGGCAGCUGUGCUCAGCCAGAGGGCUGGAAAAAUCUGGGUGCUCCCUGGGGAAAUAGAGGGGGGCUGCAUUGCUCCCCACUUCUUGCAGGGGGUUGUGCCUCCCCCCCCCCCCUCCCCAGCAGGACUUGGGGCUGACUCUGCUGCUGGACAUGGGAGGUUGGUCCCUCAGCGUGGGCAUCACACGGCUUCGGCUGCCCACUGCAUUUAUUUACAGUCAGGAACUGGCACAGGGCAGCCGGGCACCAGCGGGACCCGGCAGCCUAUAAUGUUAAUUAUCACCACGUAAUUAAAAGCCCAUAAAAAAGCCUCACACUUCAUUAAAUUAAAGCUUCGCCGUGCCACGCCGCCAGGCUCUGGCAGAGUUAACCUUGGCCGUGCCAGGCCCUGGCACUAGGGAGGUGGGGACCCCCAGUGGGCUUUGUAUUAGGGCACAGUGUUUGGGGGCUUAUGCCUUAUACACACAACACCAUAACACCGUUCAUCACAUGUGGGACGGUGCGCACAUGCUGGGAGCACGCACCCCUAUACCCAGCAUGGCACAUGGGUGCUGGCACGCGCAGCCACGUGUGACCCUGCACACCUUGCACAUGCACCAGGACGUGGCCGGGGGGCUGACUCAGUCCCACACGUGCACGCACCGAGACGUGCACACAUGCACGCAGCAUGCUGCAAAGCCAGCAUCGCACAACGCCCACUCAAUGCACACCUACACAAACAGCAUCCUUUCCUCCCUCCUCGCACACACACCCUCUGCACCCCCACGGCUGUCCGUGCCCAUCUUCCUGGUGCUGUUGGCACCACCAGCCCUCGGCUCACCCUGGGUGCUCCCCGGGUGCUGAAUGGGCCACGGGGACGCUGCCAAGCACUGGGGUGGGGGACACCCCCCUGCCCCAUGGCAAGGGAUGAAAGCGCCCAGCCGUGCCUCAGUUUCCCCAAUAUCUGGGCUGUGCCAAGUGAGGGGGGGAUGCAUGGAGGGACCCUAAUCAGGAACCCCCCGCAGUGCACAGUGAGAGCCAUGUCUGCACCUACAGGGGGGGAGGUGUGAGGGUAUAGGUGUGUGCACUGGUGUGCACAUGGGUGUGUGAGCACACACAUAGGGUGUGCACACGCGUGUGCACGGUGCUGGCACUGGAUGGGGCCGUGGCUGUGGGGUGCCCGCGGGGGUGGGCAGGCAACGGGGCCUCGGCUAUUUCUUGGAAAUUUCGCAGCAUUCAUUUCAGAGCAAAUAAAAGCUGUCAUUGCCAGAGAAA